UCUCAAACCGUGACCCAUAACACCCUCUAUGAAUCCAGCAUCAAUAGGAUAUCUAAAUACGUAUCCAUAUCAAUGUCCGCUAGCAUGGUAACAUCCUCCUUCCCCAUCCGGUAACAGACCCCAGACGCCAAGGUACCGUAAUGGGCGCCAGGGACCUGGGAGCGUCCUACUUUGGUAAGCUAAAUACGAUCUACCUAAUUAACUGCAAGUCAUUCUUUUUUUUUAUAUAAACAAGGGAGAAGCCUCCCACUUCCCGCUUCUUCAAGUGGGGGAGAUUGUCUUCCUAAAUAAAGACGCGUGCGACGUCGCCCCAUUUCUCGAUCGGCCAACUCAGCUAAGAUGGCGCGUCUUACACGGAAUUUCCUGCUCGGUGCCCUCCUCAUCCCGACCAGCCAUGCUUUCGGGCUUUCGGUAUCCACGGGGUUUGGUACCACACAUGCGCAGCCCAAACUAUCCUGGGGCCUCCUCCCCACUAACAGCACAGCCCGCCUGCGCGGGCUUGCGCCCGUAUCGGACUCCAUCGCGUGGGCCUCCGGAACCGAAGGGACAGUCCUGCGCACCACCGACGGGGGGCACACCUGGAAAUCCGUCGGGCCACCAUCAUCAACCACCUCGCCCGACGUCUCGGAACUGGAGUUCCGCGACAUAGCCGCCUGGUCCGCCACCAAAGCCGUGAUCCUCUCGAUCGGCACCGGCAAUAGCUCGCGCAUCUACGCCACCUCCGACGGCGGCUUAACCUGGGACCUUGCGUUCACGAACGGCGAGCCGGCCGCCUUCUACGACUGCAUCGCGUUCGCGACGCCACAGCACGGGAUGGCGAUGAGCGACCCCGUCGACGGCAAGGUCCGGCUGCUGGAGACGCGGGACGGCGGGGCGAGCUGGACGGUCGUGGACCCGAAGGGGAUGGCGCCGGCGCAGGAGGGCGAGGCCGGGUUCGCGGCGAGCGGGACGUGUAUUGCGACGGCGGCGGGGCGGUGGUACGUCGCGACGGGGGGUGUGGAUCCUGGGCGUGUGUUCAGGAGUGGUGAUGGGUACCACUGGGAUGUGUCGAAUGCUUCGAUAGCGGGAGGCGAGGGCGCGGGGGUCUUCUCGGUGCAGUUCCGGGACGCGAGGCAUGGCAUUGCGGUCGGUGGGAAUUACUCGCUGCCGGAUGGGGCUGUGGACAACGCGGCGUGGUCGGAUGACGGGGGGGUAAGCUGGACGCCCGCCGCCUCGUUCCCGAGCGGUUACCGGUCUGGGUCCUCUUGGGUUCUUGGGCGCGGUGGUGUGGCGCUUGCUGUAGGUCCUUCCGGGUCUGAUUUCACGCUUGAUGGAGGCCGAAAUUGGCGGAAUUUUAACAAUGGGAGCUUUGAUAGUGUUGAGUGUCUGGAGGGGGGCGUCUGCUGGGCAUCGGGAGAGGAUGGCAGGGUAGCUCGAUUGGUGUUUUUGUAGGUAAUACUCAUAAUCAAGACAAGCAAGCUCUUUAAAUUUUGGCAUUUUGCUGUUAUUUGCCCACAUCUAGGUAUUUAGUAGUAUCUAGUGAGCAUGAUAUACCUUGUGGCAUCUCAUUAUGAACUCUACCAAUGUGCUUGAUUCUCG